AUGCUAAACGACCUAUAUACUCCAGCUCUAUUUGGAAAGGAUGCCCCACCAGUUUUCAACGAUCGCCGGGGGACAGGUGUGGAUACUGCCCUUGCUGACAUACAGUACGAGGGGGAUGACAUUUACGUUGGCCAUGUCUUCAAAUCCAAAACUGACUGCAAAAUCAAACUAGCCAUUCAUGCCAUGAAUAUGAAGUUCCAUUUCAGUACACCCCGCUCGAGUCCGUCAAUGCUACUUUCCCAAUGCGUGGGCAUUGGAUGCCCGUGGCGCGUGUAUGCGGUUCUGCUGGAUGCUAGUGGGAAAUUUCAAGUUCGUCAAGCAAAACUUAUUCACUCAUGCACCGUAGAUGAGCGCUGCAACUACCAUAAACUGGCAACCACUCAGGUUAUAGGCGAGAUAAUGCAAUCAAGGUUUGUUGGAAUUAAGCGUGGCCCAACUGCAGCAACAAUUAGGAAAAUACUGUUGAAUGAGUUUCAUGUGAAUGUAUCGUAUUGGAAAGCUUGGAGAGCUAGAGAGCUUGCAAUGGACCAUGCGAUGGGUACAAUGGUAGGAAGUUCCUCACUUAUACCCGCCUACUUAGCUCUCCUUCAGUCGUCAAAUGAAGGAACGACCUGCUUCUUGCAGAGGUAUCAGUCCAUGCGCAAAGUGGUUGUUGUCGAUGGGACGUCAUUGAAAGGGAAGUUUGGUGGCUGCCUACUUACAGCGUCUGCACAAAACGGAAAUUUCCAAGUAUUUCCUCUAGCUUUUGCGGUGGUUGAUAGUGAAAACGACGAUGCUUGGGAAUGCUUUUUCCAGAAAUUAUAA